CGCCAUGUGUCACCGCGCUGGCGCGUGCAUCACACAGGUGUGCGGGCGUGGGUGGCCGCCACACGCCCGUCGCGUGCUCGCCUCCCUCCCCUUCCCUCUUCUCCUCCCCCAGUUAGGCGGCCCCCCAACCCCUUCCCGCUAGUAGCCCCACACGCCUCCACCCUCAUCAGCGCGCCGCCCGCCCGGCAGGACAGGACAGUACCCCGGCGGAAUCAAGAUCCGCAAAACUGAGGAACCAGAAUCUUGGGAUGGUGGCUGACACGGAGAGCUCAGAUUCACCGUCUGGCAGCUCAAAUUCAGCUGCCGAGAAGCGUGUUGAUGGGUUUCUCGACAGAAGAUCCCAGGAAAAAGCUCCAAAGAAAAACCAUAAGGCUGAACGGGAGAAACUUAAGCGUGACCAGUUGAAUGACCUUUUUGUUGAGCUCAGCAGUAUGCUAGAUCUCGAUCGGCAAAAUAGUGGAAAAGCUACAGUAUUGGGUGAUGCUGCUCGAGUACUACGAGAUUUGCUUACUCAAGUAGAAUCUCUUAGAAAGGAACAAUCUGCUCUUCUAACUGAACGCCAAUACGUCGGUUCAGAGAAGAAUGAGCUGCAGGACGAGAAUACUACACUCAAAGCUCAAAUAAUGCAACUACAGGAUGAGCUUCGUGCAAGGAUGGGAAACAACAGCCUCAAUCUAAGCAGUCUUGGAAUGUCACAUCCAGUAGCGAGCAACAGCACUAAUUUAGCAACUCACCCCAGACCGCGUCAUACAUGGAGCAAUGCUUCUAAUUUAAGCACUCUGCCCAUGGCGCACCCAAUGAACACACCGUCUCUGUUGCAGAAUCAGCAUCCGCACUCUGUUGGUUCUGGUGAGGUUGCAUCACGGCCACAGGAGCUCCAACUCUUCCCAGGGACAUCGGCAUCACUGGACCGAGAACGUUCACGACAUAGAAGCAACCCAGCUACUUCUUCAAGCCUUGCUGAUUCCAUGCCUGGACAGCUUCGUCUCAGUCUUCCACGAGCAUCACAAGGGGAGAGCAGCAGCAGUGGUGUGUCAGGAAAUAGAAAAGAACGAAAAAAUUGUUAGCCAAUUGACAGUGUUAAAAAACGUUACUUGGUGAUAACACCUCUCCUGUAAAUACCAAGAGGCCACUCACCUUACUGUUUCAAACCAACUAUAGUUGCUCUCUAUUUGAAACAUGUCUGGUUGUAGCCUUUAAUCGAAUAACGUACAAUUAUUUGGAUAUAAUAUUGUUACAGGGUAAUCAAACUUGUAAUCUAGAA